AUGGCAGUGUUGAGGCAGGAGCAUAGUUAUGGUCUCUCAGGUGCUCAAAUCAGCAAAAACAUCACCAACCAAAGUUUGUACAACAUUAAGCUGACUGACAGCGCGGUCCAGAUAUUGGAAACCUACCAGAACCUGAAGACUUCACUAUCAAACCAGCCAACGAUUUGCUUCAAGGAGAACCAGGGGUACAUGAAGAUUCCAGCGCCGACCCCGGAUGCCCCUGAUGCCACAGAAAUCAUCAGGUUCAACAUGUCCAGUGAUGGCGGGGAGAACCCACAGUCCAGUUUUGAAUGCAUUCACCAGUACGUCUCAGGGGAAGACAGGGACCACCUGGAGAGCAUGGGCCAUAUUCAGGGCAAGAUGAUGGCUUGUGCCACAGAACAGUCCUACCAGACUAUACGGGGAUCCUUGUCUCAGAUGGAGAAAGCCAACCGGAAACGCUCAGCAAUUGAGAUCAAGUGGAGACCAAGUAUGUUUGGAAAGGUCCAGAGGAAGCAGAAUCUAAUGCCAGGCUCACGCAGCAGCAGCAGCAGCAAGAGGAGCCAGGUUCUCACCCCUGUGGCACACCGGCCCUUGAGGGAACGGGUUGUUCAUCGGCUCGCUUUAAGGCCACACAAAAAAUCUGAUCUGGUGCUGUGGUUGGAGAGAGAGCGAGCUGAUUCAGAGGACACGGCUGAGCUGACCUUAGUGUUGGAGGAGGUCAGCAAUUGGAACCCAGCUGCUGACUGCUACUGUCUGAAGCCUGAGCUGUUUACACACAUCCAGAGAGACUGGCCUGGCUAUAAGAAUGAGGAAAAACAGCUCAUUGACAGGCUCCUGAGUAGGAAACGGCCAUCACACCCAGACCUGUCCCACAAUCUCAACUCAAAAAAACAGAAGACAUCUGUCCAACCUGUGCCUUCACAGAUGCCCUCUCACGGAGUUGGGACUUCUGGAAACCCCCACAUCUCAGCCCUGUCCUCUGCAUACCUACACAAAGGCCACACAGGAGAGAAAGCUACAGUCACUUUAACCUCAGCGACUCCACUCCCCGACUAUGUCAACAAAUACCGCACCAUCACAUCACCGGAGCAGCGGCAGAAAUGUGAGGAGGAGUUUGAUGCCAACUAUCACGAAUAUCAAGUUAUUCAUGACCGGAUCGCCGCUGCCACAGAGAUGUUUGUGCAGAUGAGCUCUCAACUGGACACGCUGCCUCCUGGGACGAAGCUUAUCAGAAUGAAGGCGGCACACCUGUCGGACAUUCUGACUGCCUUCAGACUUUUAAAUGGGACCCGAAACAAACCCACAUUGAAUUUCCAUCUCGAUUUUGAGCCCAAGCGGGUUUGGAAGCAGCGGGCCACACAGGAGAAAGCUACAGUCACUUUAACCUCAGCGACUCCACUCCCCGACUAUGUCAACAAAUACAGCACCAUCACAUCACCGGAGCAGCGGCAGAAAUGUGAGGAGGAGUUUGAUGCCAACUAUCACGAAUAUCAAGUUAUUCAUGACCGGAUCGCCGCUGCCACAGAGAUGUUUGUGCAGAUGAGCUCUCAACUGGACACGCUGCCUCCUGGGACGGAAGCUUAUCAGCGAAUGCAGGACGAUGUCGUGGAAAAGUACAGAAUCUAUCAGAAAUGGUUUCCUGGAUAUCGAGAAGACAAGAAAAAUGUGUGUAUCUUCACCAUAAACUGGCGCAUAUGA